AUGCAGUACUAUGAGAAGUCUUUGGGGAACCAGGAUAGCAGUCAAGCAACGGGCCAGGAUGCUGACGACGAAGACGACGAUGAUAUAGAGGCUCAAAUUAGGAAAGAAGUUGAGGGCCUGAAACCCAGGUCUACCAAGCCUCGAUUAUUUCAGAAAGUCACUUCGAACCUGCCUUGCAUUGUUCUCUACCGGAUCGAUAAAUCAAUAGAUCCGGUGAAGCUGGUUCAUGACAUAUGCGAAGAAGCAAAAGCCAAUCCAGACCAAAGAAAAAGUCGAUGGAUCAAGCGCAUGACUCCCAUCACUCAGAUUCGAAAAGUAUUGAGCGUGGAUUUGACUGCUUUUGCGAAGGAAGUUCUACAACCUGUGUUUCACGUAGACGAUGUUCCCAAGAAGUACGCUAUUCGACCUGCUGUUCGUAGCAACAAUACACUCAACAGAGACGUCAUCAUACAAACAGUCGCAGCAGCCGUUGGAUCCGGACACAAAGUUGAUCUCAAAAAUCCCGACUAUACUAUUUUGGUCGAGAUUGCUCAGAAUGUUAUUGGGAUGAGCGUCGUCGGUAGCGAUUACGAGGAGCUCAAACGAUUCAACUUGAUGGAGAUUUAUAGUCCAACUCCAAAACCGCAACAAACUCCAGUAUCGUGA